AUGCCGCUGUUGCUCUUGUUCUUCUCAGCCAUCUGCCUCUUCACAGCUCCUUGUCUAAGCGCUCAAACCUCGGCACAGCGGGUCCUCUUCAUCGUGCCAAACUUUUGGGGCUUUUGUCAAUACUUUGACGGACAAGGCCAGCAAGGCAGAGCAUACUUUCAAUCAUAUGGUCAAUCUCAGAUAAAGCUCGUCAUCGACCGCUUCGAGGAUGCAGAGCCUGAACCAGAUGGCUCGCCCGCCUUCGACUAUGAACUAUACGGCAAAGGUGGCGGGAGUAUCACAGCCUACUCGGUCACCGAACCCGAUCCGACCCCCAUGUGGCACUCUUCUCUGCUCACAACGAUAAAAGCUCGACCGACUGAUCCUGCGCUGUCACGCUGCUGUCGCAUCAUCAUUGAUGCCAAGACAAAGAUGUGGCUUGAGAGCGGCACAUGGCAGUACGAAUCCAAGACUGCCCGCAUGACUUGUUUCGACGGUAGUCUGGCUUUGGCAUCAUGCGAUCGAGCUGCUAUAGCGAUCCAGCCGCCAGCACAAAGCAACUGCGAUCUGAGCGACUUUCGCUGGGUCCCUGUCCCUGAUGAACCGCCUUCAUUGGUAUAUACAGCUCGCUUGAUGCCGGAAAGACUUGCUGCUUUCUGUGCGCUGCGAAGCGGCCGGCAUGUUCCAUUCGGCCUUGACAGAAAUCCGGAUCUCAGACCAACCAUCGAGCUUCAGAUCUGGCGCGCAGCGAACGCCGAAUAUCACGUCACAUUGUGGCACAGCGAGCGCGUACUCAGAGUUCAGGUGGAUCCUGUCAUCACGCUCGGUGAAAAUUCGCGCGUUGGCGUCAGAGUUUCCUUCGCAGUCCGCCCGCUUCAGCUGCAAUCAUCACUCUACGCAUGCUGUCGUCUGGUAGUAUACGGCCUCGUCAACUUACGCAUCUUCAAGGGCUGGUCGACCCUCCAUGAACUGACUUCGAGUAUGCGCUGCUUCGGCGAGCAUGCACUCCCCAUGUGCAAUGAGCCCAAGGCUCGCAAACUUCUCGACGGUAGAGAUACGGUAACCGAAUGCGAAGAGGAAGUCUCGUGCGGCGAAGCAGCGUCAGAAGGCACUGAGGCCCGGCUCUCUUCUCUGGAAGUAUGGUCCCCGAUGGUCGUGCAAGUCAAGCAUUCGCGGUUUCCAACCGUCUACAACUUGCUCGUAUCUCUACGCUCGCCAUUCUUAUCGAUGGGAGCACAGACACAUAAGCGUCUCGAGACCAGCGAUACGAUGGUCCCUGUCCGUCAUUCUGUCUCAAUCGAUCUGCAAGGCGGCGACAUCAUUUCGGGCGACCUCAUCAUCGAUUCAAGCUCUUCUAGCAAUGCGCACGAUGUCAAGUCACUCAUGCUCAGUAUCUCAAGUCAGGGCGAUGGUCUCUUCUACAAGAGCGGAUUGGAUGGUAUCUUUGGACUGGCUACCCAGGACAAGCUCGAAGAGACCCUCUUGAGCAUGGACAUCCGUACCCCUACCCCUAACUGGAUCAAUCAGGCCGUCAAAUGGCGCCGCAUCUCACGCGCAACAGCUGUGCUUGACGUGGCAAGGAAUUCUAUUACGUUUGGCCAGCUACCGAGUGGCUCAGUCGACUGGCUAGAGAGGCAGAGGAUGCCGGGUAGAGCAUCAGAAUGGGCGGUCAAGUGGACUCUUAUCAGCAUGCAACUGUUCGGCAUAAGUGCGCGUAUCGAGCCUGGCGCGACUCAUCUCCAGGUACCGUGGCAAGCCAUGCGGCUCUACUGCUUACGCAAUCCUGGCGCAUUCUACGAUAACGAGAUGCAGAUGGUUGCCAUUCGGGGCGGAGAACUGCCUUCGCCUAUGACUUUUGAGAUCGCGAUGCGUCAGAUUACCCUCUCUGGCGAACAACAACUGAUGCCGCAUCUCGCUGGCGAUCCUGACGACUUGCGUUACACAAUCAUCGGGUUGGCCGCCGAUGGGAUCGUGCAAGUCGGCAAGGCGAUUUUGAAGCACUUCGACAGCGUUACGCUGGAUUUUGAUAACAACAGAGUAGGUUUCGCAGCAUUGCGCGCCGAUCAGUAG